AUGUCUGACUUGUGGUACAAAUAUGUGAUAGCAAUGGGUUUGUUAUCAUUACUGCAUUCGGGAUACUCUGCGGCCCAACACAGAAGUUACGUGCGAUUAGUGGAGCAGGAGUUCAACGGUCCGCCCGAAGACAUCGUCAUCCAGUGUGUGGUCAGCCUUCUGGUGACCAUCGCUGCCAUUGUCUCAUUGAAUACGAAACACUUCCGCGAAAUCCACGCAUUGGACGACUUGAAGGAGAAGACCAUCGACUCCAUCAACAAUAGACCAAACUUUUACAUCUUUAACCACAGAGGAAGGCUGUGUCGAUGA